CCCAAAUCCCAAUCAUAGCAAAAUCUCUCUCCCUCCAUUGUUUCGACCCCCCCUAGCGCCAAACUCCAAUAUCAGCACUGACACAUGUAAGGGAAACUGUCCAUGUGGCGAAAUGUCUAAACCCCCCAUUGUUGUGCUUUUGUUGCCUCUGCCUCGCGACACAACCACACUCUCUGUUGGCCAUAUAUAUCUGAGCGUCCACAUUUUUCCACUCUUAGACAGUGUCACCAGUGUGGAACAGCUAACAGUGGAAAAUGUCUCAGUACUCAGGAAAGAUCGUGUUCUAUGAGGGAAAAUGUUUCACUGGGAGGAAACUGGAGAUCUGCAGUGACUGCGACAACUUCCAGGACCGUGGCUUCAUGAACAGGGUCAACUCUGUCCGUGUGGAGAGCGGGGCCUACAUCUGCUAUGACCACCCAGACUUUAAGGGCCAACAGUACAUUCUGGAGCAUGGCGAGUACCCCGAAUUCCAGCGCUGGAAUGCUCAUAACGAUCACAUGGGCUCCUGCAGGCCAGUCAGGAUGCAUGGAGAGCACUACAGGAUGGAGCUGUUCGAGGGAGACAACUUCUCAGGCCAGUGUGUGGAGCUGUGUGACGACUGUCCUUUCCUGCAAGCCAGAGGCCUAACCAAGAGCUGCAUCAACUCCCUGAAGGUUUAUGGAGAUGGAGCCUGGGUGCUGUAUGAGGAGCCUAACUACCGCGGCCGCAUGUACAUCGUGGAGAGAGGAAACUACUGCAACCACAUGGAGUGGCAAGCAGAGAACCCCAACAUCAAGUCUGUUCGCAGGGUGGCAAACUACUUCUAAACCAUCUCAUCUGGCAAUGUAACUGCGGGGAUGGGAUCAUCCACUGAGGACAAACACACCCCACUGUCAAGUAAUCUCACUAUGACUCUGUGGGGCUGUAAAAUAAUAAAAGAUGAAGAAAAUGUA